UCGUAUACGUGAUAGGAGGAACCAUCUCGAGAGGGGCCGUGUGCAUCAAUUAUUAGAUUGACAAACAAAGCAGCAAGCAGCAUCUCUUCUUCUUUUCCUCUUUUUCAUAUCACACGCUCCAUAUACCACGCACUCUGCACCUCUCAAACUCCACUCUUGUUAGCUACACUCCUUUCCCUUGCUUCUUUUUCUCUCGUCAUAAGCCAUCAUGUCCACCACUGCCACAGCUACAAGCACAACCAACAAACGGUCCAGCAAACGCUUCUCCUUUGCGGGCUUUUCACUGUUCAACAAAACCAGCGCAGCCGAGAAAAGCCAGCCUCCGCCAUCUCCACCAUCACAGAAACAGGAACAACAAAAAGAACAAGACAGCGACGAUGAGCGGAGACGAAGUCGGCGGGCACAGAAAUCCCAAAGCCUGUACCUGCAAUCGUUCCGUAAUCUCACAAACAAGAGACCGACAAGUGCACAGUACGAUCCUGCCGAAGCCAAUCAGGCCAACCACAAAGAAGUUCGCAGCACCAUUCGACGGUCGCUGUCGGCCGUGUUGUAUGCUACUCCGCAACAGCAAAAGCAGCAAUCAAGCGGGUCGGCGGGGUUAGUCCCCGUGCUGGUUACCCAAGACCUGUCGGAUCGGCACGGCGGAAUGAUCACACCCCAUGACGAGAGCGCUAAUAAGAAAAAGGCACAAGAAAAAGAGGCGGAAGCGGCAGCCACCAAGGAAAAGAAGCAGCAGCAAGCCAUCGAGUACGAUAAUACAUUGGAUAUCAUACCCGACUCGAAGAAGGAGGAGUUGGUCAUUAUUUGGCAAGGCUACGGAUAUACCCAACCGAUCAACAGCACGGAUAGCAACAAGAGAAACAUUGACGUUGCCAAGCAAGAACUCGAUGAUCGUUUUGAAAAGGAGGUGUGGACGAAGUAUCGCGGUCUCAUCCAUCCGCUCCAUUUGUUUCAGGAUGCUGAUGACGAAAACGAGGGCCAGGACAAGUGGGGAGCCCUGAGUGUUGAAGAGCUGCGUCGGUACUUUGAUAACUACGGCUCUAUGCUGCUCAAGCUUCGAGACCGGAGCAUGAUGCGCCAACAACGGCAAUAUCUGGUGAUGAACAACAAGGCAAAGGACGACUGGAUUUUACCCCAGGCAACAGAAGCAGCAUCAGCACCAAGAACGCCGACUUCAGAUGCAGCAGCAGCAGCAGCAGCAGCAUCAGCAUCAGCAUCAGCAUCAGUAGCCGAGACCUGUAAUUCCUAGAAGAAAACCUCCCCUUGAAUCUAAUCCCUAUAGAGACCUCCUUGGACAGAUGCAUAAUGUAAAUCUCAAAUGAUAUCAAACAAACGGGCUGU